UCGAAUCGUUCUGUUAGUUGGAACCAAAACUUUUCAUAAACAAAAUCAAACACAACCUACACAACAAAAGGCAAAAUUAAUAUACAAAUAACCAGAUUUGUAUACAUAGAUAGUUUCCGAUUCCUUUAUUUUGAUCACUUUGGCACCUCCGCAUUCGAUUUGGGUUCUGGCAGCACCAUGUUCGUAGCCCGUUGUACCCAUUUGAACUUUCUGAGAGAGUACCGGAAUGCCUGGGCCGACAAAGACGUCCCAGCUAUGGAAUUGGUCAACGAGGCCUCCAAUGCCUGGCAGGCUCUCAGUCCCGCUGUUCGAGGAGGAUAAGUAUGUGCCGGCUCGCCUCGCUGGAGGACGGUCAUCGGUCUUGGCUUUUGCUGCCGGUAUGUUGGUAGCUCAGCUGAGCGAAAUAGAAAUAGUCGACGAGGCCAAAAUCAUGGCCAAAUCGAAGUCCAAGGCCAAACCGAAGUCCAAGGCCAAGCCGAAGUCUAGGGCCAAGCCGAAGUCCACGGCAGCCAAGCAGCUUCUGCGGAAGAAUCAGAAGAAUGCCACACAGGCCACACGGCGUUCAAACAAAGAACCCCUCCCAUCUAAAGAAGAUAUUUCUAAUGCCGUUGAUCUUCUCUCUGAGCGGAUGUGUUAUCUUGGUCCACCUUAGGCUUUCUUGUCCUGAAAUAAAAGCUUAUGCAGGGUACUGGUAUUUCAGAAUUGUAUAUUUU